AUGCCAGGCUUCGAGGUAAGCCCUGAGGAAGGCCCCGAACCAGGAUCGCGAUGGAUGCUCGUGUUCGGCGGUGCUUCUAAUGCCCGAGGUCAUGGUAUAGGUGUUGUUAUCACUUCUCCAACUGGUUUCCACAUCCCCUUCACCGUCAGAUUAUGUUUUGACUGCACCAACAAUAUGGCAGAAUAUGAAGCAUGUAUCUACGGUUUAGAGGCGGCAAUCGACUUGAGAAUCAAAAUCCUCGAGGUAUUCAGUGAUUCAACUCUGGUAAUCAGUCAAGUGAAAGGAGACUGGGAGACUCAAGAUAGCAAGUUGAUACCCUACAAAGAGCAUAUCAGAAAACUGAUCCCUUAUUUUGAUGAGAUUUCCUUUCAUCAUAUUUCUAGGGAAGAAAAUCAGUUAGCAGACGCUCUAGCUACGCUAGCAUCUAUGUUCAAAAUCAAGUGGAAGAAUGAGGCAUCAUCCAUCCAGAUUGACCACUUAGAUGAACCAGCACAUUGUCUAGCAAUUGAGGUCGAUCCUGACGAUAAGCCUUAG